AUGAAUGAACUUGUGAUUGAUUUCAAUACUCCUCUAACCAUACAACGUGUUAAAAUCGCUCUUCAAUCUACCUUCUUUGGAGUUACAUUCAAUCCCGAUGGAUCAGUUAAUGAUCAACGAGAUUAUUCUAUUCCGAAUGAGGUCAAUCGAUUGAUUUCUAUUAUCAUGGAAGAUAAACCUAUUGGAGAAUGUGUUGAAGAACUACGAAAAAUUUGUAAUCAGCUUCAUCCAGAUUUAUUUGAUGCUGUUUUCGCAAAAGCCAAUGUAAAAGAUUCCGGACGAGAUGAUCUCGAUCGUCUUUUUGUCAUGACUCAAACACCUGAUGAAAUACGUAAAUCUGAUUAUUAUCAAUUUGGAGCUAAGAAUCGAAGUGAAGUUCCAUUUACUUGUGUAUGGAUUACUCAUCUUACUGAAAUACCACCAGCUUAUGACAAUCUGUUUGGACCAAGAUUCAAAUUGGAGUAA